GGAGUGGAGGGAGAAAGGAGCCAGAGGGCAAGGAGGCAGCAGCAAAAUGGACAUGAAGAGCUGUGGAGAAUCAUAGCUGUUUGCUGCAUGGGAGAAUGGAAAGAGACAGUGACAUCUCAGGAAAAAACUCUCCACAUUUCUCAUCAGUUUUUUAAAUCAAGUAACCAUUUGCCACAUUCAUGGCACUCAGGAGGCACGUGAAGAAUUUUGUGAAAAAUUAUUCUGAAGCUGAGAUAAAAGUCAGAGAAGCAACAUCUAAUGAUCCCUGGGGCCCCUCUAGUUCUCUGAUGUUAGAGAUAAGUGACCUGACUUUUAACACAGUUUCUCUUACUGAGAUUAUGAGUGUGAUAUGGCACAGGAUGAAUGACCAUGGAAAGAACUGGAGGCAUGUGUACAAGUCUCUCACGCUCUUGGACUAUCUCCUCAAGAAUGCAUCAAAGAAAGUCAUACAGCAUUGUCAAGAGGGCUUCUUUAACAUUCAGGUGUUAAAGGAUUUCCAUCAUUUAGAUGAAGCAGGAAAAGAUCAAGGUUAUCAUGUGAGGGAGAAGGCUAAGCAAGUCAUUGUUUUAUUAAAAGAUGAACAACUGUUGCAUAAUGAACGUGAAAUAGCCCGUCGGACUAGGCGCCGCACUUCAUAUGCAAUGCUUUCCCCCACAAAGGCUUCUGGCAAAGCUUAUUUUCUAUCAGCGCCUGCCUCAGAUCCCAUUUCAGAGUUCCCUCCGUCAGAGGACAUCCAACAUGUUCUCCCUAAGGCAUCGUCUGCAGGAGAGCUAAGCCAGCCAGUUCAGGCAUCAGGCAAAGCAGAGAUAGUCCAAGAAACAACAGCACUGAAUGUUGUUGCAAACAAGUCAUCAGAGGACUUGAUAAUCUUUAGUGAGGAUGAAUCUUCUACUACUGCUGUGCAAUCAACAUUUCCAGCUAAGGUUUCUAGAGAGGAAUUGGCAACAGACACAAAGAUAGCAGCCAGGAACUCCUGGAAUGCAAGUACUUCUUUGAGUCCCUCAGAAAGAAAUCAGUUAUCUUUUCAAAAAUGGGAUUCAGAGAGGAAAUCAAGGAGUUCCAUUGUUUCCAGAGUUAUGGCUAAAUCUCCUCCAAGGACACAGUCCAGUGUCUACACCCACAAAACUGCAGGAACUUUGCUUGAUCUUCGGUCAUCAGGCCCAGAAGAGUUUAUCACUACCAUUAACAAACAGGUCUCAAAACCAGACUAUGUUUGCUGUCGCACUGGAGCUUCUGUUGAAACCAUCUACAAAUCUCCAACUUUUCAAACCUUUGAUCCUUUGGGAAACAGUGUAACAAACACCAUGAAUUCAACUCCAGCUUCUUCUAAGCAGUUCUGUGGGCCUAGCGAAGAUAGCCUACAAAACCUCCACUUCUUAAUACCAAGCACAGUACAGCCAGCUGGGUUAAGCAGUCAGCCCACCCCAAGGCCAGAUUCUGCCAGCUCAUUGGGAACAACAUCCUCUUUUUCUACUUUCUCCAUGUCAUCCCCUGAGUCAGCUGUUCCAAACAACACCCCACAGCCUCAUUGUUUUCCUUCCCAUGGACCGUCCUAUUUGCUCACACCACCACAUGGACUGUCUUCUCUUUUCUUUAAAGAUCUCAAAGACAGGAUUGCAAAUUCCUUUUCUCCUUACCCAGUGUCUGAUGUAUUUGACAAUGCUAGCAUCUUAAGCCUUCUUCCAGAUAAUUCAAAAUGUUCGAUCAAAAAUUUUGAUGGUUUUAGGAGUAGAACUUGUCGUGCUUCAGGUGAGAGUUGGGUAAACAGUUUAGUGCCUGAUACAACUUCUGUGCCUGACCCUAGUGUGCCUCCUGCAGCUGAUCUUCCUGCUGCAGACCUCCUUUGUAUGAGCACUGAACAAAAAGGCAUGACCAUUUUGGAAGAGAUUAAAAAUGCAGUUUGUGGACUUAGAGGGGACUUCUGCAGUGUGGCACAGGAGCUGCGUACUAUCAGUAGUGAGUUGACAAAUAUGGUGGCUUCCAUUCAAAAUAUGAACAAAUUCUUGGCAGCUCCCCAGACUGCUGAAGCUGACCCUGACCAAAUGUAGCACUCGCAAUAGCCACUUUUAUGGCUAUAUGGAUCUUUUAAGUAUCUUUCCUUGCUAAUCUGCUUUAUAUAGCUCACCAGAUCUUGUAGUUUAGAGUUGAAGUAAUGUUUUACUUUAGAUUGAUGUUUUUAUAUAUG